AUGCGCUCAACAGCAGGCUCUCCAUUGUCUGCGCUGGCGGCGGCCGCGGCCGCCUGCAGCGACGCACGCGAGUUCUACCACCUCCUCCCCGGCCGCGAGGUGGUGGUCGGCGCGCAGCCGCUCGGCUCGAAGCUGCAGCUGCAGCUGCAACCGGACCUGCAGCCAGAGCUGGACGCGCGCCGCGAGGUGCGCGCGCUGCGGCGGCGGCGCACGCAGCUGAUGCAGCAGCAGCUCGAGUUUGAGCGGCAGCAGCUGCUGCGGCCGGUGACGAGCAACGCCGUCGCCGUCAGCAGCACCGGCACUUGGCCAGCAGAAGGUGCUGCCUGCCAGCAGUGGCACCCUGAAGAGGCAGAAGAUCGCCACCGGCAGCAUCAUCCAGGGUUUGCGGCCGGGUCUCAGAAGGGGCGGCGGCUAAACCGGUCAACGGCAUCUGCGCAGCAGCCGCCUUGGAGGCCGCCAUCACCCCAACCAGAGCUGCAGCAGGAUGCCGCGCGCCUGAGCCAGGUGAUUGGCCAAGAGGCGGGUAUCGAAGAGGCAGCGGCGGUGGGGCGAAGACCGAGGGCGCCAUGGUGCGACACCUUGGCAGAGGAUGACGAUGACGAUGACGAGGAUCUUGGUGGUGCGGGGGCCACAGACAUGUGGGUCUGGAGGAAGGGCCGGCUGGCCCUCCAGGAUGACACGUCGCUGCGCGCCCACCUCCACAGCACCACCUGCUGCAGCAUGUGCCAUGGCUCCCGCCUCGCAUCGCCAGACGGGGCGCUUGGGACCCUGCAGUCGCGCGCCAGCCCGGUCAGGCGCUCCCUGGAGGCCGUCCUGGGAGACGCGCGCAGAUCCUUGAGCAGCGAGCGCGAGGCAGGCGCGCAGGCGCAGGCCGCCGCAGAGCACCGCGCCGCGGAGCAGCGGCGCGCCCGCCUGCGGCGGCAGCAGGCCGAGGAGCGCGGCCAGCUUCGAGGGGGGCGCGACCUCGUCGCGGCAAAGCAGGCCAAGGUUGAGGCGACGCUGCAGGUGUGA